AUGACCAGUGCUCCAUACAGAUCUGGGAGUCCAUCUCCUCCCCCCAUCAUACUAUCGUCACCCGAUCUGGCGCAUCAAAACCAACCCAGGUCCUCCAAUCCCUACCUCGCCCUCCUCCCUCCUGAAGACAAGAUCCCCAACCUCGGCGAACUGCCCUCCAAACAACUACCCACACCUCCACCAACCACACCCGCUCGUACCAUGAUGGGACAUCGCAUCACCCUCACCACCAACCCUGCCUACUUUGAUGAAUUCUCAGAGGACUCCACCAGAAUCCUCUUUGUUCUCUCCUACCUUUGCAAUGAGGCAGGCACUAGCUACGCCGCUUUGAGGUGGGUGAUGAACUGGAAGCAACGCAACUUUGAGAGAUUCCAGGGGCUCAAGGCAGGAGUCACCACCAAGGACUUCUUAGCAGAGCUUCAAAGGGCUUUUGGGGACUCCAACACGGAGCAGGUUGCGGCUGCUCAACUCAUGGCUCUGCACCAAAACAACCAUUCCUUUGCGGAUGAUAUCUCCGACUUCAAAAUGUUGGCAGCAGAUGCAGGGUACAAUGUGGUCACCACCACCAACAACCAGGGCAAGUACAAGAAAGGGGAUCAGGACAACAUUCUGAUCAAGUGCCUUGAGUGUUGA